UCUGCCUCCUUCAGUUCUGGGUCGCCUAUACGCCCUGUGACUCACAGUACCUGAACUCCGUUCAACUGACGUUGGAGCAGAUAGACCUCAUAAAGCGGGUGCUUAGAAAAUACAAUCAAUACUUAGAACUUGUUACGAAUUCCGAAGAUAUCACGACGGUGUUCAAAAAGGGCAAGAUAGCCAGCCUGAUAGCCAUCGAGGGUGGGCAUGGCAUCAGCAACAGCCUGGGCACGUUACGCAUGAUGUACGAGCUGGCGUAAAGGUAUCUCACCCUCACCCACGCCUGCAAUACCCCAUGGGCGACUUCCUCUGUUGUAGAAUCUAAAGGAAAUAGCUUAAGUCCUGCCGGGCUAACUGAUUUUGGAAAGAAAGUGGUGCAGGAGAUGAACCGCCUGGGAAUGAUGGUGGAUCUGUCCCACGUGUCGACGCAGACGAUGCGAGACACUCUGGAGGCCACCAAAGCGCCCAUCAUCUUCUCGCACUCGUCGGCCCGCGCCCUUUGUGAUAACCCCCGCAACGUGCCCGACGAUGUCCUCAAGAAAGUGAAACUUAAUCGAGGUAUUGUCAUGGUGAGCUUUUUCGCUGACCAUAUAAGUUGUUCCGACCAAGCUAAUGUCUCUAAUGUGGCAGAGCACAUCAAUUAUAUACGCCAGGUGGCCGGUAUUGACCACGUGGGAAUAGGUGCAGACUUUGACGGCAUAAACAAGACGCCCGAAGGUUUGGAGGACGUAAGCAAAUACCCGGUGCUCUUGGCAGAGUUGCUGAGAGACCCUGGCUGGACCGUCGAAGAUAUUAGAAAAUUGGUGGGAGGAAAUAUCAUCAGAGUCUUCUCGGAAGUCGAGAGGGUACGAGAUGACUUGCUGGCCAAGGGAGUGGAACCCGUGGAAGAGGAGAUCCACCCAGAGUACCUUCGAGGCAAAACGAACUGUACUUACUUCUUCGACUAAGUUUCCUUCUUCGACCUUCGCGGUGUCUCUGCCAAGAACCUUCACAAAAUAAUAAAAAU